UUGACCUUUGACCUCAACCUUCACAUGUGCGGUCACUUGUCAAUGUCAUUGCAGAUGGAGAGGUCAUCCCUGCUUCUGUCGACAGCAAUUAGACAACUGGUGCGACUUUCACAAACACGUCAUCUCGCAGCCAAGCCUCUGAAACCAAGCAAAGCUAAAGGGAAGGAAUCCCAGGUUAAGCAUUUUGUGGACUUCAGGAGGGUUGAGGUGAUUGGUGGUGGUGGAGGUCAUGGCUGCAUGGCCUUAACAAGUCUCCAUCGUAAAGAGUGGGCGGGACCAGAUGGUGGAAAUGGUGGCAAUGGCGGCCAUGUUGUGUUCAAAGCAUCUGCAAACAGGAAGUCCCUGAUUGACCUUGACCCUGUGAUUAGAGCCGACAGUGGAGGGAAAGGUCAUGCCAGAAACUGCCAUGGCAAGAACGCAGAACACUUGAUGGUAGAGGUCCCGGUUGGCACUGUUGUAAAAGACGAGGAUGGGAAGACUCUGUCCAGUCUGGAGGCUAGUGGGGAGUACUAUGUGGCUGCUCGGGGAGGUGCAGGUGGUCAUGGUAACCACUUCUUCCUGUCCAAUGAGAAUCGUGCACCAGCGUAUGCAGAAGCUGGCGCCGAGGGUCAGAGACGGGUUCUGCUUGUAGAACUGAAGACAAUGGCGCAUGCUGGGCUGAUAGGAUUCCCGAAUGCUGGGAAGUCUACCCUUCUGCGCGCAAUCUCUCGUGCCCGGCCGAAGGUGGCGUCGUACCCAUUCACCACUCUCAACCCUCAUAUUGGCAUGGUGAUGUAUGAUGACUUCGAACAGAUCGCCGUUGCUGACAUCCCGGGACUCAUCUCAGGCGCACAUCUCAAUAGAGGUCUCGGAAUCUCAUUUCUACGACACAUCCAACGAUGUACAUGUCUUCUAUACGUCCUUGACCUUUCUGUUGAUGACCCCUGGACACAACUACAUGACCUCCAAUUUGAACUAGAUCAGUACGAGGAAGGCCUCUCGCAGAGACCAUGCGCCAUUGUGGCCAACAAGAUCGACCUUCCUCAAGCUGAUGAGAACCUCCGAGCUCUCCGAGAUCAUGUGACACUGCCGGUAUUCCCUGUGUCAGCUCGAGAGCGAGUUGGUAUCCAACAAUUACUGGUACAUCUCCGGGAGCUUUAUGAUACGUAUGCAGAGAGGAAAGGAACUGGGUGGUGAAGAAUAUUCCUGUCGCCUUAUGUAUUGAUAUAAAAUCUAAAUUCAAUUUUA